UUUCGGUUAUUAGACGUCGUCACAGGAACGUUUGCAAUACGCCAUUUUGUUACACGACAUUGUUUUGUUUGCCGGUCCAAAAAUGUUUCAGUCAACCAAAAGAUCGUAUGAUUACGGAAAUAAUUUUACCUCAGCUGGACAACAGUCAUGGGGGUCGGGAUCCUCAGGUUCACCUGGUCCAGGACAGACAGAAGGAAGUGAUAAAAAGAAGAAAAGAAAGAGUCGCUGGGCACAGGAUUCAGAGAUGGAGAAGACAGUUAUACCUGGGUUACCAACAGUCAUUCCUACAGGGCUUUCAUCAGAUCAAGAAAAACAGUACUUGAUGCAACUACAAAUUGAGGAGAUUAGUCGUAGACUGAGAACGGGAGAUCUUGGCAUACCACCCAACCCAGAAUCCAGAUCUCCCUCACCAGAACCGAUUUACAACAAUGAAGGCAAGCGUCUCAAUACAAGAGAAUACAGAACUAGGAAGAAGUUGGAGGAAGAAAGACACAAACUGGUGCAAGACGCCAUGAAUAGUAACCCUGAUUAUAAACCUCCAGCAGAUUACAAACCUCCCAUUAUACGAGUCAGUGACAAAGUAAUGAUCCCACAGGAUGAACAUCCAGAAAUUAAUUUUGUAGGACUUCUCAUUGGUCCAAGGGGAAAUACUCUUAAAAAUUUAGAAAAAGAUACUGGUGCAAAGAUAAUUAUCCGAGGGAAAGGUUCAGUCAAGGAAGGGAAGAUAGGAAGGAAGGAUGGACAACCAUUACCAGGAGAAGAUGAACCACUGCAUGCUUAUGUCACAGCAAAUAAUCCUGAAAAUGUCAACAAAGCUGUAGAAAAGAUAAAAGAAAUAAUAAGCCAGGGCAUAGAAGUUCCUGAAGGACAAAAUGAUUUAAGACGACAACAGCUGAGAGAACUGGCUUUACUGAAUGGUACACUGAGGGAAAAUGAUGGAUUAGCGAAACUAAAGCAGCUACAGCAAGCCUCCACUAUCAUCACAAAUAAUAUUCUGUGUACAGUGUGUGGUGGAGCAGGACAUUUGUCUCAGGACUGUAAAUCUAAAAGACCAGGAGAUACCCUGAAGAAUUUCAGUAUGCCGGCACACCAGAAUUCAAUGGCUGAUAGAGCUAAAAUGGACAGUGAGUACAUGUCGUUGAUGGCGGAGUUAGGAGAGGGACCAACAUCAUCACCUAAACCACUAUUACCUUCAAAUCAGCAUAAUCAUCCGCCAACUCAGCAGUUUAGGUUGCCAAUAACACAACCUCCUCCUAACCCAAUGUCUUUGAAUCCCCCAUGGCAGCCUCAUCAACAAAGGAACAUUCCUCCCCCACAAGUGGUCAAUAUAACCAACCUUGGCGGUCAGCAGCCCAAUCAACCCCCCAACAGCUACAACGUACAGCCUGUACCGCCCCCAUCAUCUGUACCAUCAUCGAUGGUACCUGCUCCAGUGCCACCACCAAGCUCAGUGAUGUCAUCACAAGCUGGUCCAAUGAUGAGGCACUGGCAACAGCCGGUAUCUUCAGCACCACAGAGUAAGUGGCAACAGCCAUUAUUGUCAGCACCACAAAGUAAGUGGCAUCAGAGGACAUGGUCAGAACCACAAAACAUGCAGCCUCGUCCUGCAUUGAUGUCGGCUCCUCCCCCUCCUCCUCCAAGCAGUCAUCCUCAGCAAUCACAGCCAUGGAUGCAACAGCCACCAGUACAAGGAGUUCCUCCUCCGCCUCCAGUGACAUCAUCAACAGGACAGUUACCGUGGCAACCAGCUCCACCACCACCACCAUCAAACAUGUCUCCAUGGCAACAGCAUCCGCCACACCACGGACAUCAACAGCCAAUGCAGAAUCAGCUUCCUCCUCCACCACCCCCUCCCAGUAGUCAGCAAGGAUACAAUCACAUGGCCCCACCCCCACCACCACCAGGAGGAUAUAAUAUGGGUGGAGUCAAUCAGCUGUUAGCCCAGCCACCACCACCACCACCAAACUGACAGAUAAACAUUGUACUGGACUGAUUCAUCAAAGUUUUAAGACAUUUGUACAUGAAAUUCAUGGUGAUUUAACUGCAUUCUGUGGCUACAGAGAUAAAUCUGGAAUUGACUGUCUUCUUAUUGAACUAAGAUAUUUAUUCAGGAUAUAUUAUGUAGAAUUGACCAGUAUCUUAUUUGAGUAAGAUAUUUAUAAAUGCCAUUUAGUAGAAAAUUAAAAGUCACUAAUUGUCUAUUAGAAAUGGGUAAAUGGAAAAAUACUGUACAAUCUGUUUUGUAACAGGUUAUAUUAGUAGUUGACAGAUUGUAGGCUCAUAUAUAAAGAUAAUUCUUCUGGUAGAUAUACAUUAGAUUAUUCUGUGGCACUGGUGGAUGAACCAUAGGUCUAUUGUUGCUAAAAGCAGAAGGAUCAAGGGUCAAAUAUUCUGAAUUUAUUUCUUCUGAUUUGAAAUUUGACAUCUAUUUAUAUUAUGCCAAUCAGAUCUCUGUAAAACUUCUUCAUGAAACAAUCAGAUGGAAGUAUGUCAAUUUCAAUUAAAUCAUUAUUUUGUCAUAA